AUGAUGGCGCCUCUCUCCCGCUCCCUCCCGUCCUCCCUCCCCCUCCUCUCGCGCCUUACCCCCAUCGCCCUCCUCGCGCUCAUAGCCCUCCGCGUCGCGGAUGCCUACACCAAACCGCCGGACACCAAGGGGUGCGUCGCGAAGGUGGCGGAGGUCGACCGGGAAGCCAUGCGCGCGGUGUACGCGGCUUUGCCCGAGAAUCUGUUCUUCUGGCCAGACGAAUACGCCGGCCGGCGGAUCCAGAUGUUGGAUGACCACGACAACGUCACCUACUGCUGCGUCACGCCUAGUCCCGACUCGGCGUCGUGCUACCUCUCGUGCCCCAUAAAGUGCACGCCCGCCGGCCGCAUCACCAGCAUCUACAAGGAACCCGACCCCGAGGAAAUGCCCGGUCCCUUCGGGACUCAGGGAGGGAGCUGCCCGCCCGGCGCGCUGUCGCCCGCCAUUGGCGACCUCGCGGAGCUCUCCUCGCUGGUGUUGCGCCACUCGUGCCUCGCCGGCGACCUGCCGGAUUCCGUCACGCGCCUCCAGAAGCUGACGGAACUCGACAUGCCCGAUAACAGCUUCUCCGGCCCCAUCCCGCCCGGGCUCUUCCGCCUGCCCCGACUCUGCCACGUGGAUCUCAGCACCAUCAUUGGCGGCGCCCUUUCAGGGUCGCUGCCCGACGGGCCCAACGCGUACUCCCCGUCGCUGGAAACCGUUCGCCUUUCCGGGAACCUCUUGUCGGGAGAGCUUCCGCGCGCGCUUUUCCGGUCGCGUUGGCUGCACGAAGUGCGCCUGGAGCGCAACAACUUCACGGGGGAGAUCCCGGGAGAGGCGGGGGCGUAUGCGCGCAACAUCUUCGCGCUCUCUCUGCGCAGCAACGGGCUGACCGGCAACAUCCCGUCCGCGCUGGCGGAGAUGACGGCGCUAACGGAGCUCGAUCUGGGGGACAACGGCCUGUCCGGGUCCAUCCCAACCGCCAUCGCCACUCUCUCGCCGCUCACACGCCUCGCGAUCGACCAGAACCGAUUGACCGGCGACAUCGUCGCUGCGCUCGUUCCUGCUGCCGCUGCGACUGGUGCUCCUGAAGCUCCUGGCGCUCCGGACGCUGCUGCGUCGGCUGGUCUCAGCGCGGCGCUCCCAAUGCUCGAAGUUCUCGACGUCAGCAGCAACCAGCUCUCCGGCGACGCGGCCGCGCUCGCGCCGCUCCCGCGCGGCCUGAUCCACCUGAACGCGUCGCGCAACAACCUCACAUGCAGCGCCGGCAGCGACCUCUUUGCGCGCGCGACCUUCACGGACCUCUCGCACAACCGCAUCAGCGGCGCGUUGGCGGAUGUCGUGCGUGUGUCCGGCCCGCGUCUGUGGCAGUUGCGCGUGGCGCACAACGAGCUGUCGGGGAGCAUCCCCGCGGACCUGCUUUCCGCCGUGAGCGACGAGCUCGACUUGUCGCAUAACCUCCUCUCCGGCGCCAUUCCACACCUCUGCGGCCCGAGCACGCGCAUCGACCUCUCGUACAACAACCUAACGGGAGAGCUCCCGCGCGACGCGGCCGCGUACAAGGACAGCCUCGAGGUGCUCUCGCUGCGCGGCAACGGGCUGACCGGCGCGAUUCCCCCGGCGCUGACGGAGAAGAUGCGCGCGCUGACGCACCUGGAUCUGGGGGAGAACCGCCUGUCGGGCGCGCCCACGGCGCUCAAACCGCUGCGCGGGCUGGACGUGGUGCGCCUCGACGGCAACGCGCUGAGCGGGCCGUUCUGCGACGCGCUGCUGCCGGCGCGCGAGCUCUAUCUUGGCUUCAACGCCUUUGGCGGCGGCGGCGCGGACGCGGAAGGGGGAGGCGAUCUGCACGGGUGCGUGAUGCCUGAGCGGCUGGAGGUGCUGAGCGCGCCGCACGCGGGGCUGAGAGGGAGCGUUCCGGACGACCUGUUCGUUCGAGUGGACGAGGUGAAGAAACGCGUUGUCAUGGGGUCGGAAAAUCAGCGCCUGCACGUGAACCUCAGCCACAACAGCCUCACGGGCAGCCUGAAAGCUUUCUCCGUGAUCCGCAACGGGAGCCUGGACCUGUCACACAACAAUUUCACGGGCAGCAUUCCGGACGGGUUGUUCCGCCUGGCGAGCACGGGGGGCCUGGAGCGCGGGGCGAGCGGGAGCGAGGAGAGCAGGUGGGGGCUCGAACGAGAGCUGGCGGUGGUGGACGUGCAGUUCAACGAGCUGUCGGGGCCGCUGUUUGACACGCGCAGGCCCGCCGGCGAGUGGCCGUCCUACUGGAACAAGCUGCGUGUGAGCGGCAACAGCGCUGCCAUGAAGGGCGCCGUGGGCGCGGGGUACCUCCCCGCGCCGUCGCCUGGCGUGCAGGCGUCCGCUGCUGAGACUGCUGCUCUGCUGGCCGUGCGCGAUGCACUCCUGGGGGGAGCAGCGGAGGGAGCAGCGGGGGGGACAGAGGCAGUAGCACUGGUAAAUGGCGGAAACAGCUCGUGGGCGGCGAUACUGAGCAGCUGGAAUGUGAGCAGCGCUUGUGCGUGUGAGUGGUACGGCGUGGGGUGCACAGCAGACGGGCACGUGCACACGCUGCACCUGCUGGGCGACGCCACGGUCGCACUGCACCCCAACGUGGUUCCGGACAUGCCCGACUGCAAGCCAGGCCAGCACGGGGAGAUGUCAUGCACUUUCGAGCCCCCCCCACCUCCCCGCACCGCGUGGUUCUUCCUGCAGGGCCUGCGUGGGGUAACCGGGAGCGUGAGUGCGAUUGCGAGCGGGAGUCUGUCGGAGGCGUUGGGGCAGCUGACGCAGCUGACGUCGCUACGCAUCUCCGGGCACGCCCUCUCCGGCAGCCUGCCUUCAUCCCUCUCACGCCUCUCACACCUCGUCGCUCUCGACCUCUCUUCCAACCGCCACCUCUCCGGCUCCAUCCCCCUGGCCCUCUUCGCCCUCCCCUCGCUGCGAGAGCUCACCCUCCGCGGGAACAACCUCACUGGAGCAGCCCUCCCAAGCACCACUUCAGCAGCGGCAGCGCUAGCAAUGGCGAGUUUGGAGAGUCUAGACGUGGGGGGGAAUGCUCUGUCGGGGACCAUAGCAGCACGGGUGAGUCUUCUGACGGGGCUGACGCGCCUGGCGCUGGACCACAACCGGCUGGACGGCAGCUUGCCAAGGGCGCUCGGCGCGCUCUGGAUGCUCCGAGACCUGCACCUGCAGGGGAACGCCCUCCGGGGCGGGCUCCUUGACCUUGCUACUGCCAUCGAUCCAACUGCAGGGGAUGUUGUUUCCUCAUCUCGCAUCCCGAGCCUGACCAAAGUGUUCCCUCUGUUGGUCUCCCUGGACGUGAGCAGCAACCAGCUCUCCGGAGACGCAACUCCGCUCUUCAGGGCAUGGGAAGGCUACGAGGCGUACUGGCUCCCUGAGCCUUUCUUCCCGCGCAUGCGCUACCUGAACGCGUCGCACAACAACCUCACUUCAAAAUCCAAUCUGGACGUGCAGACGAUUGCAUCGGUGGUGGACCUCUCCCACAACCAGAUCAGCGGCUGGCUGGAGAGCAGAGUCACCGUGGCUUGGAGGGAGCAUGCGCUGAUGGAUGUGCUGCGUCUGUCGCACAACCAGCUGUCGGGGGAAGUGCCAUUCUGGCUUAUGAGCGCACUCUCUGGCUCGCUCCCCUCGUCCCUCUCGCGCUUCACCGCUCUGCACUCCUUGCAGACAGCACACAACCGCAUGAGCGGCAGCAUCCCUGCAGGGCUGGCAUCCCUAAAGGCCCUGCAGGAGCUGGACGUGUCGUGGAGUGGGCUGUCAGGCACCAUCCCUGCGCGCCUGCCAACUGCUGCCCCCUCCCUGCAAGUGCAACUUGCUGGCAACUCCCUCUCUGGCUCCGUCCCCUCCUCCCUCUCCGACCUGCCCCUCUCCUGCUUCCGACCCGGCAACCCCAAGCUCUGUGGGAAUCCCCUGCCUGACUGCAAGAAGAGCUCUACCAAGCCUAGGAAAGGCAGGGUGUAG